ACACUCAUGACGCUCGCAUUGACGUGCAAGUCGUUCAGUGGACCUGCGCUGGACCUCCUAUGGCGAGACCUGCGUGGGGUUGAACCACUUAUCAAAUGUCUGCCACAAAGCCUAUGGAAACAGGAUAAAAAAAAGCUAGAAUUUCAAAGAACCAUGACCCUCGAUGACUGGGCCAUUUUUUGCAAAUAUAACUAUCGCGUCCGUUCACUGGUUCAUCAAUGUCAUGAGUCAUACAUGCAUACCGAGAUGAUCUGUAGCACUGAAAUUUGGCGUGCCCUCAGCUGUCCCCCCUUCUCCCUUCCCCUACUCCCCAACUUGACGUCCCUUACCUGGACUGAGGCUAGCAACGAGACAUUCCCACAUAUUCAGUUGUUUGCGACCCCGCAGUUGACGAAGCUCACUAUUUCCGUGUCCACUUACGGUCCAUCCUUCACUUUUGGCCCAUCCGAAGAGUCCAUUCUUUCGUCUAUCGCAAAGUCGUGCCCUUCUGUCUCGCAAUUCGAUUUCGCUCAAGAGAAGGAUGACUCCAUGGAAUCGGUUGGGGCCAUGUUGCAAUUCUGGUCUCAUCUAACAUCGGUGAAGACCGGGACGAUUUCCGAGGCAGCCAUACUACACCUGUCCAACUUGCCUUCACUCCGAGUUUUGAAAUGUGGAUUGCCUUCAACUUCCAUAUCUACACGUGCACAGGAACUCCUACAGCACGAUGUGUUCUGCGCAUUACAAGAUCUGCACAUAACAUGCAAAAGUCUUGCCAACUUAGAGGCUUUUUUGGAGAAGCUCACUAUUGCUCCGAAAGUAUUGUCCUUUCUGAUCACCCCGAGUCGUGGAGGAGUGGAUUUUGUGCGGACCCUCCCGGAUCUGAUCUCUCGUCUAUCCAAUGCCUGCACACACAGCUCACUACAAGAGGUGCGGCUCAGCAUUCGAGUCAAUCGAUCUGCUGAUCCCGAAGCUUCAAUCGGAGCUCUCGCCUUUCAACCACUAUUUGCCUUUCGCAAUCUUCGCGUGCUCGACUUCAGAGCAGACAACUGUUGUAUCGUGAGGAUAGAUGAUGCUUCCCUUUUGCAGAUGGCUAAGGCCUGGCCACACCUGGAAGAGUUAUACAUCUCCAGAUACUCCCACUCAAGUUAUCGCGUGACUUUGCAUGCCUUCGUCUUGCUGUUGUGGCAUUGUCCGCGUUUACGCUCGGUUGCUGUUCUCAUCGACUGGUCCACGAUAGAUGUGCAUACCAUACCCCCUGACAUUCCUUACCAAGGAUUUUCUCAGAAGGCACUAACCAAGUUAUUUAUUAAUGGUUGGAGAAUUGAGAAUCCAACAUCCAUUGCCGCUUUCAUUUCAGCCAUCGCGCCCAAUGUGCGAUCCAUCGACGGAUGGGACACUGAUUACCACGGGUAUGACUCCGAUGGAAUAGACAAUUCGUGGACAGUGGUUCAAAGUCUGAUUGCUACUUUACCCAUGGUCCGUGAGCAAGGGAAGAGAAUGAUCCUGAAUAGGCUAGCGCGAGGCUCGCACAACUACCACGUGAUUGCGCAGCGGGGAGGACGAUCAUGAAGAAACCAGUGUUGGUGGCAGAAGCGAGGGCGACUCGAAAUACUAUACGGAUCUUUCUUGCUCGACUUCUUUUCUUGACCAGCUCCUUCCUCCUAAUCGGAGUCCCCACACGAAUCUCUUUCCUAUCUAUGUCUCGCAAUUUUAUAGGACUACGUACGUCAAUGCCCGAUAUGCUAUAGUAAUAUACAACCUUUCAGAUGCAGACACCUUUUACUUUCAGCCUGAUCACCAUGCUCAUCUCCAUGAGCUGUUCGCUAUUUAGUAGGUUAGCAUUGCUCGAAAGCGUGCAUCAGAUGUAUGUGGUCCGAUUGAUGAAAUGUCGGUCUGAUUCA